AGACGAUGUAUAAAAGGAUACUUUGAUUCUAUAUGUGUCAUUAAGAUCAGAGUGCGCAUUGAGAAAACAUUUCAAAAAUCAUUUUGUUAGUAUAAAAACUUCAACAUAAAAGGUCGAUUGUUUUGCAUUACGCUUGAUUCAUCUUCGCCGUACAUUGGUUAAAAUUAUUUUGUUGUUUGGUGUAGUUUUGUACUACUUUGGUCAGAAAAAUCUUUCUAUGAGAAGUAUGUUUGCAAUAUUCUUUACUUUUAUGUUCGUAACAGCAUAUGCGGCAAAUGAAAUACCUUCCUAUAUCCAUCCAUGUGGUCGAAAAGAUCCCAACUACAGUCAAUGCUUUGCAGACAACAUUAAUAGUGUGAAGAGUUACAUUUGCACAGGAAUACCGGAAUUGAAUUUUCCUCCGCAAGAACCACUAAUUAUUGACAACAUUGAUAUUUUUGACACGGAUAAUCUGAAAUUGUUUCUCAAAAACUCAAAAUUAAGAGGAAUUUGUAAUUUCGAUAUAACUUCUCAUAAUGUAUCUUCUGACAGGCUUCAUUUCGAGUUCAGUGUCACAAUCAAAAAUAUUUCCAUGGAUUCCGUCUAUAACUUUGACAUACGUUUACUGCAGCUGCCACUUGCUAAUGAAGGAAUAAUUCACAUUACUUUAGAUAACGUAAACGGAAAGAUAAGUAUAGAUGCGAAAGAAGUAAUCAAGAACGGUAAAAAACAACUAUAUCUAUCAAAAGUCAAUUCUAUUCUCAACAUAAAAACAUUCAAUUAUGAGUUUGAUGAAAGCGAGAAAGACUUACAUGAACUACACAAAAUUUUUAUCGAAAUCAUAAACAAAAAUUUACAGGAAAUAAUUAAUAUAGUUACGCCGAAAUUAGAAAAGACGAUGUCUAAAUUAUUGAUUUUUGUUACUAACACUAUUGUCUACAACAGAUUUGAACAAUUGUUUCCCGAUGAAGCAUAAAAUGUCUCAGCUAUUCAUAUUUUGUUCUUAUAUUUGGAACGAUUCAUUUUUAGAUACUGUAUGGAUCAUUUCAUUUACUACAAAAUAUCUAAAAAUAUAUAUAAGCCUAAGACAAUCUUAUAUUUAAGCUCCGACUAUGAAUACAAGAUAUUAAAACUCUUCAUCAUCAU